AUGGAGAGACUGAGAAGCUGUGCAGAAAAGUUAUCGUCAACGGAUGUCUCAGUACAAGAGCAUUCCCUAAGGUAUUUGAUUAAUGGAUCAACAGAGAGUUCUGUUCAAACCACUAUUUUCGAUUUGGUUGGAUCAAAGAAAUUGAAAGAACUCUUACAGUCCAACAAUGAAGUAAUACAGAUGUUAUCAACUUGGCUAUUAAGUCAUUUAUGUUUGAAUCAUCAUAAUAGCAUGGAAGUUAUAAAAUCGGAAUAUAAUUUAGUAGAUAGUUUAAUAGAGUUAUUGCAGAAUGAUAAUCAAGAUGUUAUUGAAAAGUCGUUGUGGGUAUUGACCAAUUUGACACUGUGUGCCGAACACUCUUAUCUUUUGGUUGAGCAUGGCGUCGUUCAUUCACUGAUAAACAACUUUCUCAAGAAAUCGAAUCACUCCCUCAUCAUACUGGCUUGUCAGCCUCUGAGAAAUCUAAUGCACAAAGAUACCUGUGCAGAAUACCUAGAUAAUCAAAAGACUUUCUGUCAUAGUGGAACCAUAACAAACAUCACCAAACUCCUAUCAUCUCGAUAUCCAACGCCAUCCAACGAUUUAAUUUUAUCACUUAGUUCAAUUAUUCAUGUUUUAACAAUAUAUCAUCCAUUAAUAAGAAGAAUUAUAUCGAUAUCAGGUGUUUUAUAUCAAUUAAUAUCAUUUUUAUCGUCACCAUCUUCACCUCUGGUGGUAAAAGAACAGGUUGUAAAGAUUCUGAUUAAUUUGUCGUUGACCGAGGAGACUGAGAAGCCGAUUCUCGAUAGUGGCGCUAUUAUGCCUUUGAUUGACAGUGUGGCAUCGGUGAGUUCACCGCUCUCUUUGAAAGCACUCUCUAUUAGCUGUCUGGCGAAUCUCACUGCCAACGAGGAUAUUCGUCGGGUGUUGCGUUCCAAAGUCUAUUACAAUCCGUUGGUGGUCGCACCUUCCAAUCCACCAAUACUGUCAGAGGAGUUGGUAGAAGCAAUCUUUUCAAACAUCGAUCAAAUAUUCAGAGUCAACUGUGAAUUCCUCAAGAAGCUGCGGUCUAUUUCAUCGGCGAUAGAGGAAGCAGAUGUAAUGGAGCUGUCUCAAGCAUUCCAAUGGCUAUGGGAUCAACAAUACACAAUACCUGAAUAUAGAUUCUACAUCAAUGGAUUCAAUAGAGCAUUGGAUUUAAUUCAUGAGAAUCGUACAAAACUACCUAGAUUUAAAGAGUUUUUAGAUAAAUGUCAAUUUUCAGAUCAAUGUAAAAGUGAAACAUUGGAAUCAUAUUUAAUUAGACCAGAGGAGAAAGACGAUUGGAUCAAAGAGAUAAGAGAUGCCUCCAACUCUACCAAAAAGGCAAAUCUUCAAAAGGUUUUAAAUUCAAAAUCACCUUCCAACACAAAAGAUCAUCUAUAG